GUGUGGGGGGCUGCGGGCAGGAAGUCCCUGGGAACUACAAAUUGAGGCAUGCUGGGAGCAUUCCCACGCCCCUCCCAGGAAAUGUCCUUUGUCCAGCCGAACAGGAAGCCCCAGUAAGGAGUCAGCCCGCGGCGGCCGCUGCAGCCGCUGCACUAGGGCAGGAGCUCUGCCACCCGUGCAGCUGCGGGGCACUGGCUGCUCAGCCUCGCCUUUUCUUCCUUCUCUUCGUGUCCUCCUUCUCCUUCUCCUCCCUCCGCCGCCUCCGCUCAGCUUCUGAGAAAAGAUUCCCAUCUCCCAGGAAGCAGACUUGCAGGUGUUAGCAAGCCAAAGGAAUCACUCAUUGCAUCUAAGAGUGGAGGACACAGGAAUCUCUGAUCAAUUCCUGGCCUGGUUUUCCCGGAUGGAACAAGAGGAAGAACUGGGUGUGUCUGAACUCCAGGACUCAGGGGACAGGGGGAUGGGCUCAGAUAUCGAGGACUCGGAGGAGAGGGGGAUGGGUUCAGACCUGCAGUACAUGGAUGAGAGAGAGGACGACUCGGAGGAGAGGGAGGUGGGCUCGGACCUGCUGGACGAGAAAUACAGAGAGGAGGACUCAGAGGAGAGGGAGAUGGUGACAGACAUCUACACAGCAGAUGACAGGCUGCUCAGUGAGGAAGAAGAGGCAGCCCUCCGUGAGGAAAAUGAAGAUGAUGUGGAAGAUCCUGAGGUGGUUGAGAUGGGGAUGUUCUCAGGACUGUCUGAGUCAGAGAGCAUAACCCAGAGUCCCAGGGAGGAGGAUGAGAGUGCUGGAGAGAGCCGACUAGAGGAGGAGGAAGAGACCCCCACCCUGCCCUGGAGGAGACGCCUCUCCGUAGGGAAGUGCCACCGAGAGGGCAAGUCUGUUCAGCGCCGUUUCCAUCAUCUCCAUCACCCAAUGGCUGUAGACUUUGGGGAGCUCAAUAGCUUGAUGGCCAGCAUCAUGGAAGCUCCCACCAUCUGUUCAGAUUGUGGCGAAAGCUUCAGCCCAGGCACAGCCUUUAUUCAGCACCAGCGCAUGCAUCGCCUGGCCCAGGCGGCUGCCGUGGCUGGUGUCCAGCCUUAUGGCUUUGCUACAGAAUGUGGGGGAGUAGUAGGGAUGGUGGGGCUGGGAGGUACAGGGACCUUGGGCUCUGUAUUGCCCCGGACCCCAGGAGAGAAGCCAUACCGAUGUGGAGAAUGUGGUAAAGGAUUCAGCCGCAAUACGUAUCUAACAAACCACCUACGCCUGCAUACAGGCGAACGCCCCAACCUGUGUUCUGACUGUGGCAAGAGCUUCAGCUGGCGUGCAGACCUGCUCAAACACCGGCGUUUGCACACAGGGGAGAAACCUUACUCGUGCCCUGAGUGUGGGGAGGCCUUCAGUCUCAGCUCGCACCUUCUGAGCCAUCGGCGGGCCCACGCUGCAGCUAAUGGAGCUGGGGCAGCGGUGUUGCGACCGUUUGCUUGUGGGGAGUGUGGUAAGGGUUUCAUGCGGCGCUCGCAUCUGGCCAACCACCAGCGUAUCCACACUGGUGAGAAGCCACAUGGAUGCGGUGAGUGUGGCAAGCGCUUCAGCUGGCGUUCAGACCUGGUGAAGCACCAGCGUGUGCAUACAGGAGAGAAACCCUACAUGUGCUCUGAAUGUGGGGAGACGUUCAGCGUCAGCUCCCACCUCUUCACCCACAAGCGCACUCACUCAGGUGAGCGCCCCUAUGUCUGCAGUGAGUGUGGCAAGGGUUUUGGGAGGAACUCACACCUGGUGAACCACCUCCGGGUGCACACUGGGGAGAAGCCCUUUGGUUGUGCAGAGUGUGAGAAACGCUUCAGUGACUUCUCUACCCUCACCCAACACCAGCGCACCCACACUGGGGAAAAGCCCUAUGCCUGCGUGGAGUGCGGCAAGAGCUUCAUCCAAAGCUCCCACCUCAUCCGCCACCGCCGCAUCCACACUGGAGACAAGCCGCACAAGUGCGCCACCUGUGGGAAAGGCUUUCGCUACAAAACCCACUUGGCCCAGCACCAAAAGCUGCACCUCUGCUAGGACUGGCAGGGAGUGAUGGGGGUGGGGGGCUGGGGAGGGGUGGAGUUAUUAGUUUGGGAGUAAACAUGUGAGGAGGGCACAUAUUCUUCUCCAAAAUGGGGAGUCCCUGAGAAUUGGAUAUUCUCUGGGUGGGCUUUUGGAGAAAAGUUGAGGGGUAAGGUGGAACCCAGAAAGUGUCUAAUGGGGACAUUGGAGGAAGAAGGGUGGAGUAGGGAUUUUUUUCUAGUAGUGUUACAAACAAUUUCAGGAGAUUUAUAAUUGUCUCUUUGCUCCUUCUCAUGAGAAAAGCAGUUGGAGUGAGCCACACAGUUAAGUCCUUACCAUCUUUACAAGUGCUCGUUUUAGGGUCACCAAGAAAGGGGAUGGUGGCUGAGGGGAGGGAAGAGAGUAUAGUAUUAAGAGGGAAGGAGUGGAAAUAGGAUGACAGCAAUUAGGGUCUUAGGGAAGUGUGUGGUUAGUACUGAGGAGAAGGGAGAGAGAGAUAAAACUGUAGGGAGGGAAAUAGGAGGCAAGGGUUUCUUUCCUGGUUUAGGAGCCUCCUGUGACAGGUGCUCUAAUUAAUGGUCUUUCUCCUCAGGACCUACAAACCCUUUCCCUUCAGGAGCCAAGGAAGGCAAGGUGUCCCAUCAGGAAUGUGGAAGGGAGAAUUGUAUUUUCUCCACCCGUCCCCUUUUUCUCUGGGCCAUAUUUAGCUGCUAUUUUGAGGCUUCCAGGGGAUCUGGGGUGGUAAGUAGCACAUUUCAAGAGAGAAGUAGCUUCAGAGAAGGAGCCACUUCAUUCAGCUUCCAUAGCCAGCCCAGCUUUUGCUUCCAGUUUUCUGGUAUCCUCACCUGGUCCUCAUUAAAGCCUUCUCUCUACCCCAUGUACCAAAUAUUCCCCCUUCUGUCCUGGAGUUUGAGUGCUAGGUCCGUGAUUUAUAUUAGAUCAUACGUGUGUAACUUUAAAUGAAAGGGAAAACAGCCCUAGUCUGGAACUGUGCGGUUGUUUCUCUCAGUACAGUGUCCUGCUUGUUUCCCAGGUAAAUCCAGAUGCCAUUUUCCACUCACUUUGCUGGCCCCCUCUGAGGCUCCCAGGGGAGCAAAUACACUGAGUCCAUUGUCCUUUGGUUCCUCUCUCAUUUUGCUUCUCACUUACUGCUUUCUUCACUUGAAGGCGAAGGAGAAACACUGAAUCUUCAGCCUCUCUCCAAUCCAGCUUUUCUCUUGUUAGUUCACAGAAGAAAUAUAGAGGGUGUCCUCUAAAAGAAAACUUUGUUCAUGGUACCCACAGUGGGCAGUGAUUGGGAAAAGUAUAAAUGCAAAAACUUACCUAGCACUAGCAAAGACUGCAUCCUGUAGGUGCUGAUAAGAAUACCAAAUAGCACUUUUAUCCUUAGAAAGGUGCAUUAUCAUUUUUAUUAUUAUAGCCAUUCAUCACACUGCUUAUAAGAUCCAUCAGUAUUAUGGCCCCAGUCAAAAACUGAUCUCGAGAGAGGCAUGGGAGUAUCAAAUAGGUCUAAUCUGGCCUCUGUGCUAAUUGGGACAAUUAAUUGUUGCCUAGUUCAAGGGUUUUUUCUAAAUUCCUACUUGUUUGGAAAAAUCUAGUGCUGCUCUAGAAAGGAACAGGGAGAGUAUUCCCUCUUUUGUAAGACUAACCUCUGUUAGCCAUGUGUUAACACUAAAGGAUUAUGGAUCAAGGGUGCUGUGCUAGAGUCCACCCUUCUACCUCCCCUUCCCCAGAAAAACCUUUAGAAUGGGAACAAGUAAGAAAGUGGGGCUUUUGAGCCAGUACCCUGUAUCUCCAUGGACCUGCCUCACAGACUCUUAGGUUUGGCAAUUCCAACCUGGAGGGAAGGAAGCGCCAAGAUUGUUGUUUUUACCCUUUACGCUCUUGGCAAAGGUUAUCUGAAGAUUUCCUUAGAAUUAAUAUGGGCAGUUCUAUCCCAGGAGAACUUUGGGGGAACUAUAGGAAAAAAAAGGCAUGUCUACACUGCUACAAACAAAACAAAAAAACAUCAACUUAAAAGGUAUUUCAUUUUUAAUUGAAUUCUGUUGAGAAUUGUGAUCUGUUGCACAUGCCCUGAUGACUUUGUUCCACUUGGGUCUCACAAAUGCAAAUGAACAUUUGAAUUAUGAAUGUAGUUUUAGAAGGGAUUUUUUUUUCAAAAAACAAAACAAAACUAGGGGAUAAUAAAAGCAAAAGAGGUGUCCAGUGAUUAUCUUGACUUAACAGUCUAAAUUUAUAGCUUUAAGGGGAAAAAACUUCUGGAUGCCUCUUGGCUACAUUGUUUAUUACUAUUUAAUAACAGGCCCUCUUGAUCAUGGGCCAUUUCUCCAGUUUGGGAAAUCAAACUAGCUCUUUGCUUUUUUGCCUUUAUAUAACAUUAACUUCUCUGAAAGUCAAAAGAUCAACUCCUUUCUCUGGGAAUUUUUUUGGGGUGGGGAGUGGCAGGGCAGAGGGAAUAGAUUGGAAAUUUAUCAUUGAAAUAAGUUGGGGAGGAGGUUGCUUUAGAAUCUCAUUUACCUGUACUUCUUUGUCUCAUUCCCACAGAAAAGAGCCAGCUACAACUCAAAUGCUGUUUUGCCCUACUUUAAGUAAACAAAAGAUUUUAACCAAAAGGGGUGGGGUAGGGUUGGGGUAGGGGGCAGGGACAAAGGUGUAAUAACUGCUUCUCUCCUGAUUGAUUCUAUUUUAUGAUCGAUGGAACCUUUCAGGAACUCAUGUGUAUAGAGUAUGCUUGUAUUCGGUUCUCCCAAAGUUUUCAGUUUUAUGUCUCUAGUUUUCUUUUAGAAUGUUCUUACCCUCUCUGUGGCACCCUUGAAUGUGUUAAGCAGUAUGAAAAUAAUUAUUAUCCAUCAAUCUAUUUGUCACCACAGGGUCAAUUUUUUUAAAAUCUGGAUUCUUUAGGAAUUUAGUCAAGUAGUUUUAAUUGAGAUUAAGUUUUUUCAAAGCUCGUGCAUGGAUUUGGAAACAAACAAGAUGAGAAUUUCUGCCAGUACUCUAAGCCCGCCCGGAGCUGUUGCAUAGCCCCUCUGUGGGAUCUCUCCAGCUUCAUCAGAGGCUAUGCAUGUGUCAUUUAAAUUAAGAAUUUGUUUUUUAAGACAAUCUGAACUGUAAUUUUUGAACUUGUGCACAUUUGAAUGCAGUGUAAUUUGUGAAAAUGAUAAUUUAAAGAAUUUCAGGAUAACAGAUUUUGUGUUGCGGAUGGGGUGGGGUGGGGGGCAUGGAAUUCCCUUACUGUUUUCAGGUUGUUUUUUAUUUAAUAAUUGUUUUCUGGAUAAUGUUCUGGUAUUUGGCUACCAGUACAAUGUAUUUGUCAUUAAAUUCGUAAGAUGUUGA